AUGGGCGUGCUUCAGGCGCUUGCCGGCUCUGAUGGCUGGGCGGAUGUGUUCUUCAAUACCGCCAAUGUGAUCAAACUGUCGAUUAUCUGCAUUGUGGCAAUACCUUUUUCCUGGAUCCUGGUGGACUAUGCUCGCGUCCUUCGCCUUCGUCGGAAGAUGCCACCCGGACCAUUCCCUCUGCCCCUGUUCGGAAACUUCUUCACCAUCCCCAAGGUCAAGCCCUGGAUCGACUUUGAAAAGUGGGCACAGUACUACAAUGACCCAAUGAUCACGCUCUGGCAGGGCCACAAUCCGACCAUCAUGUGUAACGACAGCUGGACCAUCUCGGAGCUGCUGGACAAAAGGGCCAACAUCUAUUCCUCGAGGCCGCAUAUGAUUGCCAUGGGUGACAUGUUGGGUGCGACCGAUAGUAACCAAGUUUGUCUCGUCUAUGGCGACAAGUGGAGACUUCAUCGACGAUUGAUGCAUACCGCUGUCGGAUCUCAAGCAAUCCGGGCCCACCGCCCCGUACAAGCCAAUGAGUCCAAGAUUUUGAUGCGAGAUCUGCUCGACGACCCCGACGAUUUUGUCCUAGCCAUUGAACGAUAUUCAUGUUCCGUGGUAUCUGUUAUCGGAUGGGGCCGGCGGAUAGACAAAAUCAACGAUUACGUGGCGCAGAUGGCGCUCAAAGCGAUGGAAGGCGUCGACCUGAUUAUCCCUGGACUGUUCCUAGUCGAGUCAAUCCCAGCUCUUGCGAGAUUGCCCAAGUUGCUGAACUGGAUAUACCCAUUUCCUUCAGCGACGUUCAAUUUUGCCAAGCACAUGCAAAGGUAUUUUGUCGCUCUGUCGAAAGAGGGAGCUCAGGCUCCUGAAGAGAACUUCGCCAGACGUCUGUUCCGUGAACAGGAGGAGAGCAGGCUUACAGAUGAGGAGAUCUCGACACUAACCUCGAACCUGAUCGGUGGCGGUGUCGACACCACGAGCGGGACUAUGAUCUCCUUCAUCCUGGCCAUGUGUGUCUUUCCCGAAGCUCAGCGCAAAGCUCAAGAAGAACUCGACCGCGUUGUAGGCCGGGAAAGGGUACCCGAGUGGACCGACGAGCCGAAUCUGCCGUACGUGAAAGCGGCCGUCAGCGAAGUCCUGCGCUGGAGAAGUGUCACGGUGUUGGGCGGCAUCCCGCACGCACCGAUCCAAGACGAUGAAUACCGUGGUUACUUCAUUCCAAAGGGUACAGCGAUCACAGGCAAUGUAUGGGCCAUCCAUCGUCAUCCUCGAGGAUUUCCGGACCCAGACAACUUCCGGCCUGAGAGGUAUCUGGGUGGAACGCUCGAGAGGCCAUACCCUAACAAGGCUGGCCACAAUGCUUUUGGCUGGGGUCGUCGUGUAUGCAGUGGACAACCACUGGCCGAACAAGGUUUAUUUCUGUCACUUGCUACACUUCUGUGGGCAUUUGAUAUCAAACCUGGCUUGGAUGAAAAUGGAAACGAAGUCAAACUCGACAUCUACGCGUACACCAAAAGCGAAAAUACCCGCCCGGAGCCUUUCAAAGCCAGGUUCAUCCCAAGGACCAAGGGCAUCGAGGACAUAAUCCGUCGGGAGGCUGCUCGUGCGCAGAAGGAACUUAGUGUAUACGAUGGUGAAACCAAGCUGACGCUGGAAAAUGUGCCAUAG